AUGAUGUCUUGUUCAAUAGAAUCCUAUGUUGCUCAUGUCGCUUUCCUUCCAAGUGCUGGCUUAGGCCAUCUCAAUCCAUGUCUAAGAACAGCUGAACUAUUUCUUCGUUAUGGAUGCAAACUCACUCUCAUUACACCAAAACCAACUAUCUCUUUAGCUGAGUCAGAUCUCAUCACUCAUUUUUGUUCUUCUUUCCCUUCAUCUCAACUCACUCAAAUCGACUUAAAUCUCAUCCCUUUAGAUCCAUCCAUCAAUGUUAACAGCGUCGAUCCUUUUUGGAUUCAGUUCGAAACCAUUCGUCGAUCGCUUCAACAACUUUUACCUUCCAUUCUAUCAACACUUUCACUCUCAGCUCUCUUCUAUGAUGUUAGUUUGAUUUCACCUUUGGUUUCCAUCAUGGAAAGUUUCUCUUUUCCUAGCUACAUUUAUUUCAUAGCACCGGCUAGAAUGUUUUCUUUCUUUGCAUAUCUUUCUGUUCUUUCUGAGAAAAACAAAGAUGAAAAACAUUUUUCAUUCAACGGUGAUUUUGUUGAAAUACCUGGAAUUGCACCAAUACCAAGAUCUUCACUGCCUCCUUUGAUUCUUCAACCUAAUAGUCUUUUUGAGAAGAUACUUAUGGAGGAUAGUCCUAAACUUACAAAGCUUAAUGGGAUUUUUAUGAACUCUUUUGAAGAAUUAGAAGGUGAGGCAUUGACUGCACUUAAUGAUGGAAGAGUAGUUCCUGGGUUGCCUCCUGUUCAUGCUAUUGGUCCUUUGGUGCCAUGUGAAUUUGAAAAGGUAAGAUGCUCAGCUAAUGAUUGCACAAAUUCUAUAUUGAAGUGGCUUGAUGAACAAGCUACAGGGUCAGUGGUAUAUGUUUGCUUGGGAAACAAGACACAAACAAAGAGGGAACAGAUAAAAGAUAUGGCUAAUGGGUUAAUAUCAUGUGGUUUCAAGUUCAUAUGGGUGGUGAAAUUGAAAGUAGUUGACAAGGAAGAAGAGGAGAAUUUAGAGGAUGUAUUAGGCAAUGAUAUAAUGAAGAAAGUGAAUGAAAAGGGUAUAGCUACAAAUGCAUGGGUUAAUCAAAUGGAGAUUCUUGGUCACCCAUCAACUGGAGGGUUUGUAAAUCAUGGUGGGUGGAAUUCAAUAGUAGAAGCUAUAUGGCAUGGAAAGCCUAUUCUAUCAUGGGCUCAUGAUGGGGAUCAAAAGAUAGCAUCUGAAGCACUGCAAAUGAGUGGGGUGGGGGUUUGGCCUCAAGAGUGGGGGUGGGGAAAGCAAGAUCUGGUGAAAGAGGAGGAGAUUUCAAAGAGAAUUAAAGAGAUGAUGAGUGAUGAGUCUUUAAGGAUCAAAGCUAGGAAAAUGAUGGAGGUUGCUAGAAAAGCUGCUGGUGUUGGUGGGAGUAUUGAGAUUGUGAUUAAGAAACAAAUUGAGGAGUGGAGAAUGAAUGCUCAAGAUAUAUGA